AGAAAAUUCACAAUUUCUCAUAACCACCUAAUUAAUUAAUUCAGUAUCGUCGCGGCUUUUUAAAGGCCGUGUUAUAAGUCCGUUUAUUCAAUGCUCUGUUUCAUCUGUGAUUUAAAUAUAUGACCUAGGCCCUGGUGUUUAUUUUAUGUAAACCAUUCAAUCCUAUCACCCAUCAACCAUCGACCCCUUUUAAGUUUAUUCUUAUAAUUCUUUGAAACGCGUUUACAUCUGGCCACUCAACAGCCACAAUCCCCUCAUCCCUCAACAGACAAUGGGUGGAGAACUGUCACGUCUACAACAUCCUUGGUAGGCUCGAGGACGAGGACGGAGACAGGGACAAGGACAAGGACGAGAACUUGGGGAGCAUUUCAGUCUAAAGUUAGGAGGUGAAAACGAAGGGGAGGCUGCGGGCGUGUCGCCUUGCAGCAGAUGCUCUACCAAGAUGGGGAGUGCCGCUAUUGAUUUGACCACCGUGGUUUCGGAUUCUGAUGACUUCAAUACUUUGGAAUCUACCUCUCAAGAGCAGCCGCAGCCGCAGCCGCAGUCACAAUCACAAUCACACUUACCGUCGCAAUUAUCGCAACCGUCGCGACCUGAAUCUCAGUCAGGGACACAUACUUUGGACAGGUCCCCUAAACAACAAGAGCCUGCAUCUAUGGAGGAUCAUUCUAUGUCUAUUCGUGCUGCCACUCCUCCCACAUCCUCUAGGGGAUCUGCAUCAAAGCAUGGGGACCAAGACGACAAAACUGCUUCAUUGCCAGUAAGAUCAAGCGGCGGCUCGAGGAACGGCCAAGAUGGCACGCCUUCGUCGAGUCAGCGUAAUCCGUCCACAAGUCAUCGGACACCUAAAACGUACACUCCGAGGAAAUCUUCCUGGUCCGUCGACGAGGUUGUGGCCGCUUUGCGGGGUUUCUCGGAAGAGAUUGGCACAGACGGGGCAAAACUCACUGCUCGUCUAAUUCACAUGGCCUGGAAAAAGGAAGCGCCCAAACAACAGUUCACGAGCAAGAAAGAUUGGUUCGCUGAUAUGAAACGCGCCCCGUUGGAAGGCAUCGGAAAAUCAUCAGACACGAUAAAAAUCAAGUAUAAGCAAUUUGGCCAUGGUAGGUCCGGAAAACAGGAGAAGAAAGAAACCCAUCAAGUCAUAUGCAUCAAAACCGAUGCCGAAAAGGUGCCGUCUUACGGCUUCCAUCACGUUGAGAUUAGGAAAAAUAUCCUGUCCCCAAACACCAUGCUUACUUACGUUCCCCAUCUACGAGAUUUAGCAGACAAUGAAGAGGGCGUCUACCGCCGCUGGCUGGAAAACUUGGAAAACAUGGACAAGACGUCUGGUUUUGCCACGCUAAGUAGGCAUCAAAAGGUGACAAAAACUAUCCAAAAGGAGCGCGCAACCACCUUGCUAUUAUAUCUCGAUUCUUGGCUGGAUAGGCUCAGCCUCAAUAUCGAAAACUGUACCAAGACCAACCUUAUCCGCUAUAUGGCUAGCCAGAGCGAUAAUGUGACUCCUCAACAAAAAUCAAGCAUCUUGAACUCAUACAACGAUGAGCCUGGGUCUCCGCGGUCGGCCAAGGCCGUCAGAAUUUUCACAGAGGCAUUUGAUCGAGUCUUCAACUCGUCUCUCCUGCGCGAACGCGCUGUACCUCUUCGCGACGUCCUCUUGCUAGAUAAAUCGGUUGAUACCAUCGUCGAUUCUAAGAAAUGGAUGAAGGACACUCCGAGUCAAUCGAAAGUCACCGAAGAGCAGCCGACGGUCGAGUCUUUUCUUGAAACGUACGCGCUGCUCGGUUGCUUAAUAUGCACCAGCCAUUCCUGCGAGCAUGGCGAAUACGGUGUCGACAACGAACGAAAGCGAUUCUCUAUUGAGGUAGUUGGCGGCUUGUCGCCUAUGAUUCGCCAACAGCUUACGCAGAAAUCUAAAGCAAAGAUGGAUGUAAAGCCUUGCGGUGAUGACUGCUAUUUAAAUAAACGGCCGGGAACGCGAGCCCGUGCUUGGAGCGAGAGUGAAGUAAUGCUCCUCAGAUCUUUUUUCUCGACGUUGAGCAACACCAAUAUUUCGGUGCAAUGCGCUACUUCGGUGGCAACCGGCCGGCCUUGCUGGGAUGUAAACCGUCAGCUCGAUAAGCUUGGUCUGUUUCUUCCCAGUGCAGACCCUGUGCCGCAGUAUAUAGUGAAACCAUUGCCUUGGUACGAUAGGAAAAAGAAGAUGCUCAUAGGGGACUGGCAAGACCAUACCAAUACUCACGAGCACCAGAGGAAGGACUGCUUUGAUCCAUGCAACCACGAAGGACCCUGCACAAUGAAGAACUGCAGGUGUGUCCAAAACCGCCUCAUGUGCGAGCGCUUCUGCCGUUGUACGGCAGCAAUUUGCGCCAGCAAGUUUACCGGUUGCGCCUGUCACUCUCACGGCAAGACAUGUGUCUCAAAGCAAAAGGAUCGGCCCUGUAUCUGUGUACAACUCAAUCGCGAAUGCGACCCCGUGCUAUGUGGAAGCUGCGGCGCUUCCGAGAGAGCCAACCCGGCAAACGCGGAUAACGAUGCUUUGCAUGCCGUUGGGUGUCAAAAUUGUGCGCUCCAGCGAGGCAGGUCAAAAUCAGUCAUGCUUGGGAAGUCUAAGAUUGCCGGCUAUGGACUUUUCGCCACCGAAGAUAUUUCCCAAGACGAGUUUGUCAUCGAGUAUGUCGGCGAGCUUAUCAGCCAAGAUGAAGGUGUCCGUCGCGAGGCGCGUCGUGGAGACGUAUUUGACGAGUCAUCUAAUUCGUCAUACCUCUUUACCUUGCUAGAACAGGAAGGCAUCUGGGUUGACGCAGCUAUCUACGGCAAUCUCAGUCGGUAUAUUAACCAUCAGGAGACCAACUGCAAUGUCACCCCGCGAAUCCUUUACGUUAAUGGCGAAUAUCGCAUCAAGUUCACAUCUUUGCGAGAUAUAAAGGCCGGGGAAGAGUUGUUUUUCCAUUACGGCGAGAACUUCCCAAAUCUGACUAAGAAGCUUUUGCAGGAAGAGAAAGCCGAGAAGAAGCGACGUAAAGCUAAGGAGCAGGCCCGCAAGAAGGGCCAGGACGAUGCCGAAAAGCCGAGGAAGAAACCCGGCCGCAAGCCAGGCAGGAAACCGGGGCGUAAACCGGGGCGUAAACCAAAGAAGACCUUUGCUAAAGUCGAGUCAGAACCGGAAGACGACGAAGAGGCUCUUGAACCCUCGGAAGAGCCACGCCCUAGCAUCAAUAUCGCUAAGGGACGUAAGCGUAAGCGUGAAUUCAUCGAGGAAGAAGAGCCGGACGAGCGCGAGUAUCGCCCUGGGACUGAUUCUCACGACGAUGUGAUGGUAGAUGUCGACGAGGAAUCGCCUACUCGUAAACCUUCACGCUUAAGAAAGCGGUUAGGAGCAGCCCCCAGAGCUAGAAAGAGUUUCCCAGCACUAGCUACCAGGCGCGAACAAACUGACGAAGCGUUAGACGAAGACAACGAACUUGAGUUAACGCCGAAAAGGCAGCGUAAGAAGCCACGAAGACUCCUUGACGAUGCUACAUUAGAAGAAAUUGACCUAGCCUUGGUGACAGAGAGCAAACCCACACGUACACCAAAGCGCCGUGGCCGCAAGCCAAAGCAUAUUAAAGAGCAGGAGAUGCGUGAACAAGAAAUGCGGGGGGAAACAAUGCGAGAGAAAGCAGCCAGCGGUGGUGAAGGAGACACGGUUUUUAUAGGGGGUGGUGCGCAGACUCCCGGCCAGGGCAGCGCUUCAGGCGGCGCUCAAGGAAGCAGCCGUUUUAGGCACACGGAAGCUAGGCUUGAGCUCGACUCGGACUCAGGCGCCAACGAAGGUACGCCAUCUCUGACGCAAACACGAAAACCGACCAAAGACGCGGUAGAAUCGAGCCCGCUAUCAACGCCGGACUCGCGCAUCAUAUAUCCCGGGCUCGACCUGUCCGACUCGGACGUGCGGCCGGUGUCGAGAAGAAGCCGCGCGAGGAAAGGCGCAAGCGGCGACGACGAAUAUAACGGCGGAGACUGGAACGAUAGCGACGGCGUCAGACGUGCCGGCGGUAAUACCGAUGACAGCGACGAUGACGAUUUGCCGAUCGACCGCUCGCGAACCAGACGCAGACCGGCUAGGUACGACGACUAGCCGAGGUGUUCUCUUGCCGAUUGAUUGAUUUUAUUUGGCUGAUAUAGAUUUUGCCUCAUGGGCCCUUCGUCAAAGCAGCAAAACUUUCUGCUUUCCGUCUGAUAUUGGCGAGGCUCGAGAGGGCAUCUCCAGCACAAGCAAGCUACCUCGGCCUAAGUGCCCUAGGUAUAGGUACCUACCUACCUAACCUAGUAGAACGCGGUGCUUGUACAUACCUCAUAGUAUUAGCAUUCCAGGGGGGGCGGGGGCUAGCCGUAGAGAUAGUUCUAGGUAGCUUUCUGCUCGCUAUGAGGUUAUUUUAAAUGCUCUGAAGACCGAGUAACUAGUAGUCAGUACAGUACAGUAGUAAUUCAACGAUGCACUUUUCCCCAACAACUUGGUAGUAGUUAUUGUAGAUGAGAACUGAUGAUAUAUAGGAGGUAGCUAAAGUUGGGUAGGAGGUA